AUGCUUCAAGGUCUCGAACAACCUUCCAUAUCACCGUCUCCGGCGCUGGAUAAUCUUAAACCUCCCUCGACUGCAGUUCUGUCCGUUAAGGGAGACUCAAUUAAGCAGCCUUAUGACGAUCGUCAUAUAUCCCACGAGGAGGACGUACCUGCAGCUUCUUUGACACAGCAUAUCAAUACAUCAUCACCUGCAAAGAAGUCCCCUGCUUACUCUUCUCACCGCCGCGUCAAUACUGAAAUCAUCUCCCGCCCAACCCCUCUGCCCUCAACACAGUCGUUCACGGAACAGUCUAAGACUACUGAAGACCUCGACGCUUACCACACAACUGCACUUACCCGGAGAAGGGUUGGAGAAGGAGCAAACCGAUUCUCAAACUGGUUUCAAGGAAAGUCGGAGCCCGUCAGCGUGGGAGCAAUGCACGAAGAAUCACCCAUGGCAACAUCAAGCAUCAUGGAACGACCUACGGGCCUAACGCAGAAGCGCAUGACCUAUCCAUCACCGUUGAAGCAGGUCACGACGCCUAGCCGAUUUUCCCUCUUCGGAUCGAAGCGACAAGAGCAGCUCCCCGCACCCGCUGAAGAUGAGCUGCUGAACCUCGAUGUCACCGCAACUCUGUUCCCACCCGGAUCCGACGAACUCGAAGGCCAGGAGGCGUUCGAUGCCCUCCGGAACAACGCCGACACAAUGAUCAAACGCCUACAAGCCGCCUACAAACAAAGAACGUUCGCGCUCCACGAAGCCAACGCGGACAAGAAUGAAAAACAGGAGGAGCUUGAGGAAACACGGACCCGUGUCGGGCAUCUGAAGGUUCAACUCGAUGGAAUGGCCGAAAAGGUACAAGAACAAGAGAGAGCCAUCAAAGCCAUGGCCGAGGAGUUGGAACAAGAGAAACAAACACGUCAACGAGAGGAAGAAGCACGUCGACACAGCGUGAUGCUAGUCAAACCUCUCGAGGACGAUGUCACCUCCGAUUCAGGGGCCGAGUUCACCGCUUCGAAGAGAAGCUCGAAACGCGCCAGUACGUUCACCAGUGACUCUGGCUUUGAAUCUGGUGAUGAGAGUUCGGCAGAUAGCAUAUUCUCGCGCCGUGGUGGUGUUGUGUCGCCGACUUCAACUGUUUCGACCAUGGCAUUGUCGCCCAACAUCCCACAAGCCGCCCUGUCUCCCCCGACGUCGAAUACAUUACAACCCCGGAAAGAGCCCAUUCGUACAACACCACAACGUCCGUCGGCGUAUGACCGACUCAAAGGACUCGCCUCGUCCACUUUUGGUAGUAACCCGUCCAAGUGCAUUAUAUGCCAUGGCGUACCAUCCUCUGAAGCUUGGACCGUGCUAGGCGUUCUCAAAGAAGAGAACAACGGCCUGAAGACACGGUUAGGAGAGCUCGAAACAGUGGUCGAUGACUGCCUGAGUCUUGUUGACUAG